ACUCCUAGGUAAUGGUUUGCUCUCAGAUAGCAGAAAUUAUGACUCAGUUCGAAUUAUAAAAACAGCUUAUAUGCUGUAAUUUGUAGUAAUGACAAUUCAUAUUUAUGUCUAACUGAAUAAUGAUUGAAACGUUUGCAAGAUUUUUCUACAAAAUAUGCCUUGCAAUAACAGGCAUUCUUCUGGGUAUAUAUGAAAGGUUCGUAUCUUAUAAAUCGUAUAUAUAUAUAAAUACAUAUAUAUUGCUAAUGCGUAAUGUUAACCCAUAUUGAUUAAUUUCAUUGAUUUUUUAAAAAUAAAUUGGUUUGAAUAGAGUAUUACAGUCGUAUUUAGAAAACUAGAACCUCUGAUUUACACAUUCGUUUUCAGCUGUAAAAAAUUACUAACAUUUGCAUCUCUUCUUCUCUGUCUUGCUAUUUUACAACUUCAUUUGGCCUGUCUUCCUUUAUCGUACUCUCUAUACAGUGUUAUAUAGAAUAUAACCUAUACACCAUAUGUACUAUAUGCUUUUCUUUCUCACAAUUAAUCCCAAGCUUAACCUCUCCCUCUCUGUCUUUCUCCCACUCUCUCUCUCUCUCUUUUCCACUUACUAAUUGACAGACGGAGAGAGGAUUGUGGUAAUAAAGAUGCUGUAUAUAGCAUACAAGACCUGUCAGUUAGACUCUGUUGGUAAUUUGCUAUAAAUUUGAUUUACUUUUAUACAAACACUUGUAAAAAAAAAAAAUAACUAGAAAAAAGACGUAAUGUUUAAAACUCUCAUUAUCAUACAGUCCAAUGUAUGCUAUCAGUUACUAAAUAGCCUGUUUCGUAAGGAUUUCUCUGAAAAGCCAAUAUUUUAUCACUCCGAUGAACCUGUACCAGUUAUUCAGAAUAUUAUAAAAAACGGAUUCUUGUCAAAAACGUUUAGCCCUGUUUGGUGGGCUAGGAACGGUCAUGUUCAAACUCUACUAACUGCUUUAAACGUGAAUAAACCUACGGAUAUUUCUUUUAAACGAGAAAUAAUUAAAUUACCUGACGGUGGACAAUUAGCUUUGGAUUGGGGCCAUGUUAUAGAUAAUCCUCAUCUAGAGGGUGAUGAUAUUUUACUAGUUCUUCCUGGUUUAACUGGAGCAGCUAUAGAUUAUAGAUCAAUUGUUAAGUUAGGUUUACAAAGAAACUACAGAGUUGUUGUAUUUAACAAAAGAGGCCAUGGCGGACUAGAAUUGACAACCGCAAAAUUGCAGAGCUUUGGAUAUCCUUACGAUGUACGUUUCGUUUUAGAAAAUUUCAGAAAACGAUUUAGAGAGCGUAAAAUUCACGCUAUCGGAUUUAGUGCAGGCUCUGGGUUAUUAGUAUCCUACUUGGGAUAUUUUCCAGACGAUCCAAUUAUAGAUGGAGCAGUUGCAGUCUCUCCUGGCUACGACGCUGAACAUUUACUUAAGAUACUACCGAACUUUUACGCUUUUCUCAUGCUAAUGAAAUUGAAAUUUAUGAUUUGGCAGCACCGAAAAGUUUUGAAAAAAGCUGUGAACAUGAGAAGGGCCGUUUCAACAAGCUGUUUUGAGGAAUUUGAACAAGUAGUCUACGGUGCACCUAAUGGAUAUAAUGAUAUUAAAGAUUAUUGGAAGGAGAAUAAUCCAAUAAUGGCUCUAAAACACAUUAAAAUACCCGUUAUGUGUAUCAGCUCCAUGGAUGAUCCUGUUUGCGUUGGAGAAGUUGUAAAAUUCGACUACUUCUACAGUAAUCCACAUUCUCUAUUAUGCGCAACUAAGAGAGGAGGUCAUUGCGCUUUCUUCCACGGAAGUGAAAUGAAAAGAUGGGCAGAAGAUAUGGCUCUUGAUUUCCUUCACCAUAUAAAGAAUUAA